AUGGUAGGUCUUGGUUUAGAAAAUGCUCCAAGAGGAAACCGCUUCAAGUUUAGAAACUCAUCAACUGAUUCAGACCAGAGCAAUGCCUUUUUCAGUGGACUUCCUGUCCUCAGCAGCACCUGUCCAGCACAGUGCAGCUGUUUUUACCACAAACUCAGUGAUGGAGCCAAGGCUCGGAGUGUAUUGUGCAAUGAUCCUGAGCUCACCUCCAUCCCCACCAACUUCCCCUCAGACAUUUCAAAGCUUCGUAUUGAAAAGACUGACAUUACCCAAAUCUCCAGUGAGGCCUUUAUCUCCCUCAGAAAUCUCGAAUUCCUCUGGAUGUGCUUCAACUCUCUUUCUGGUCUCGAGGUAGACAGUUUCCGUGGCCUGAGAAUGCUCAAUGAGCUUCGUCUUGAGGGUAAUUUCAUCACCUCGUUCCCAUGGGAGAGUUUAACUGACAUGCCCAAACUCAGACUGCUGGAUUUGCACAACAACCAGAUCACCAGCAUCCCAGCUGAGGCAGCGGUCUACAUUAAAAACCUCACUUACCUCGAUUUGUCCACUAACAGUCUCACUACAGUGCCAUCUGAAGUGAUGCUGAUGUGGUUCUCAGCAAAACCAGCACAGGAGGCCAAGAACUCAAAGAUGAUUUUGGGCCUUCAUGAUAACCCAUGGCAGUGUGACUGUCGGUUGUUUGACCUGGUUCAGUUCCAGAAGUCUCCGUCCUCCACAUCAGCCUUCAUUGACACUCACCUGCGCUGUUCGGAGCCUGAGAGUUUUUCCGGCGUCCUCUUCUUGGAUGUGGAGAUACGGAGGUGCCAGGCACCACGGGUCCACACAGCCGUGGCUAAGGUUCGCAGUUCAGUAGGCAACAAUGUCCUGCUCCGCUGUGGCACUGUUGGAGUGCCGAUGCCUGAGCUCACCUGGUCCCGGGCUGAUGGAAAAGCUAUCAACGGUACAGUUCAUGAGGAGGUUUCAACUGAAGGCAUCAACUGGUCUAUCCUCAGCAUCCUCACAGCAUCAUCUCAUGACUCAGGCAAAUACGUCUGCACAGCAAAUAAUUUUGUGGGCAGUGCCAAUGCUGUCAUCUCUCUCGUUAUUUCAGAAACACAACAGGUCAAUGAGGCUGCUGUCAUGAAAACUGGCACCAAGAAGAAUGGAAGCUUUGGAAGAGCAGCAUAUCAAGAGAAACUCAUCGCAAGAUACAUCCCUCCAACCUCCACUUCUAGAGAUGUUCCCAUCAUUGGGCCUUUUAAUGCAUCAAAAUCCAUAGGAUCAUCCAAGAUUGAGAGCUACAGCACCUCUGAUGGAGUCUUGGAUGGCAAAACCUCAGUGAACAGCUUAGAAAUGGACAUGGACAAGAAUGUGUUGAGCAAUUUGGCAGCCAACGCUUCUUCCCUCCAGCAAGGUCCAGAGAAGAGGGUGGUACGUUCAGUCAAAGUCAUCGGCGACACCGAUCACACAGUGUUGAUUAACUGGCGAGCUCCAUCUGCGACCAACAACACAUGGUUUAGUGUUCUUUAUGCUGUAUUUGGUGAGAGAGACAUGAGACGCAUCAUUGUCGGUCCUGGGAAGCACCGGAUCACCAUCGAAGGCCUUGUUCCCAAAACCAAGUAUAUCGCCUGUGUAUGUGUGAAAGGUCUAAUCCCAAAGAAGGAGCAGUGUGUGAUCUUCUCAACUGAUGAGGCAGCAAGUGCGAGUGGUACUCAGAAGCUUAUCAACGUGGUGGUGAUCACGGUGGCUUGUGUCAUCGCGGUGCCUCUCACCUUGAUCGUUUGCUGCGGAGCUCUGAAAAGACGACUCCAGAAGCUCAUGGGAAGAAGAUUGAAAGACAAUCAGGACUCGUAUGUGACCUUUGAGACUCUCACACCAGGUGGCAAGGCGAAAGGGAUGGAAGGGGAGUACCUCACCCACCUCAACCAAGACGAGUCCAACCGCCUGCUCUCGGCUCGCUCCAGCGUCGAUUCCGAGGCUGUAAACAGAACUGAGGGACAUCCGAAUGAGUAUUACUGCUAA